UUCAGAUAUUGAAAUUAUUUAUAAAAGUGAGAUAAAAUAAAAAAGCAGAUGGGAUAAUCUUGUAAAAGGGCAGAGGAUUUGUGUCUACCGGAUGGAGGAGGCGCCAGAUUUUUUAGUUUCAACUAUGAAUUUUCAUAAAAAGAAGGCAUAAUGGAGCUUUCCGUCCUUUUUUUUGCGUUAGUUUCGAGGAUGCGGUUCAUUUGUUUCUUAAACACUAGAUUAUGUCAUUGGUAUUUGGUGCUAAUGGUGCAGCAGGGCACUUUAUGGCAAUUGAUCGUCGUUAUCUGACGUCCACUUUGGACAAUUCCCACCACAAAAAUCUAAAGCACAAUUUCCUCGCUUCUUUAUCUACAUAUAAUAUACAUACCCAGUUGACUCAAAAGAGGAGAAAGAAAAGACAUGGGUGUUGUAAUCAUUGACGGAUCGACGGUGAGAGCCUUUGUGACUGACGACCAACAGUUCACGAAGAGCGUGGAUGAGCGUUUCGCAGCUCUUGACCUCAACAACGACGGUGUCCUCUCCAGGUCCGAGCUUCGCAAGGCCUUCGAGUCUCUGCGUCUCCUGGAGUCCCACUUCGGUGUCGACGUCGCCACUCCCCCCGACGAGCUCACUCAGCUUUACAACUCCAUUUUCGAGAGGUUUGAUUGCGAUGGCAGCGGCACCGUUGACCUCCAGGAGUUCAGAUCUGAGAUGAAGAAGAUUCUGCUUGCUAUUGCUGAUGGAUUGGGAUCUUGCCCUAUCCAGAUGGUUCUUGAGGAUGAUGACCAAAGUUUUCUGAAGAAAGCUGCUGAUCUUGAGGCUGCUAAGCUCGAUCCAAACCAUGCUCAAGCCUCCUGAAUGAUGCUCCCAGGUUGCUGAACUUGAAUUUAUGCUUUUGUAUUUUCUUAUCUUUUGCAGCUACUUUAGCUUGUUGGUAUUUGGAUCCAUCCAAGUAUAUAUGAAUAAAAGGGUUAACGCUACGUUUAGCCCUCGAGCUUUAGGCGAA